AUGCUGCAGGCAUCAAGAAAUGUGUCCGACUCGCAAGCAGACAUUUCCCCCGCGGGCAACGUGUCCCUCGCCCGCAACGACGGCAAGAAGCACCUCCUCCUAGCCGUGUCCGGGUCCGUCGCCGCCAUCAAAGUCGCCAACGUCAUCAACGGCCUCGCCUACCACGGCAACCUCUCCAUCCGGCUGGUCCUCACGGCCGCGGCAGAGCACUUCCUCAGCGGCCAGUCGGACGAGCAGCCCAGCGUCGCCGAGGUGCGGCGCCUGCCCAACGUGGAUGGCAUCUACACCGACUCCGCCGAGUGGACGAGGCCGUGGACGCGCGGGGCGCCCAUCCUGCACAUUGAGCUGCGUCGAUGGGCCGACCUGCUCAUGAUUGUGCCGCUGAGCGCAAACACCAUGGCCAAGAUGGUGGCGGGCAUCUGCGACAACCUGCUGCUCAGCGUGGUGAGGGCGUGGGACCACGACGGGUCCGUCGACGGCGUCCGCAAGAAGAUUGUCGUGGCCGUCGCCAUGAACACGGCCAUGUGGAGGAACCCGCUGACGGCCAAGCACAUCAGGACGCUCGAGGAGGAUUGGGGCGGCGAUGGCGGCUGGGUCCAGGUGCUGAGGCCUGUGUCCAAGACGCUGGCGUGCAACGAUGUCGGCGAGGGUGCCAUGGUGAGCUGGCAGGACAUUGUAUCCGUGGCCGAGGUCACGUUGGGCUUGGAGAAUACAGAUGGCUUGAGGACGUGA